AUGGCUCCGGGAAAGAUGGCCAGCUGGCGAAGCACGCCAAGUGCUGAGGAGAAAGAGCGACGCAACACCGUGGGUAUCAACCUCGAGACUGUGACCGACGUGACCUCUGUCGAUUACCCGGGCCACUUCCCCGGCGAGGACCACGCCUAUUCUCUCGACCGCUUCCGAGCCGGCUUCUCCGUCAAGUUCCACCACAACGACGCCAACGACGCUUCCUUCUCCCUCGUGGGCCUCGACGCCUCCCUAGCCAAUGCCUUUCGUCGCAUCCUCAUCGCCGAGAUCCCUACCCUAGCCAUCGAAAACGUAUACAUCGAGAACAACACGUCGGUGAUACAGGACGAGGUGCUCGCCCAUCGGCUGGGCCUGAUCCCCUUCAACGGCGGCCGCGACGGCCUCAGGAACUUUCUCAGGUGGCACAAGAAGCCGGAGCCGGGAGAGGACCCCUACGCCGGCUGCUUCGACUGGAACACGGUGCGCCUGGAGCUCAACGUCGCCUGUACCGUGGAUCCGGACGCCGCGCCCGACGAGCGCGACCCCCUCAGGGCGUUCCGCAACGCGCACGUCUACGCGAGGGACAUUAAGUUUGUCCCCACGGGCAGGCAGGUCGAGUUCUUCGGCGGCGAGGACGCCAUCGCCCCUGUCAACCCGGACGUUCUCAUUGCCAAGCUGCGGCCGAGGCAGGCCAUCAACUUGUCGAUGCACAUGCACAAGGGUAUCGGCGCGGACCAUGCCAAGUUCUCCCCCGUCGCCACCGCCUCGUACCGUCUCAUGCCGACGAUCAAGAUCCUCAAGCCUAUUUUGGGCGCCGACGCCGACAAGUUCGCCAGGUGCUUCCCGCAGGGGGUCAUUGGCCUGGAAAAGGUCACGCAGGCAGAAGCCAAGAGGGCCGGGAGUGGCUACGAGGGCCACGCCGGUGAGAAGAAGGCCGUGGUCAAGGACGCCAUGAAGGAUACCGUGAGCAGGGAGUGUCUGCGACAUGCCGAGUUCGAGGGCAAGGUGAAGCUCGGCAGGAGGCGGGACCACUUUAUCUUUUCCAUCGAGAGCACUGGUCAGUGGGAUAGUGACGAGCUGUUCGUGGAGGCGGUAAAGCACAUGAAGAUGAAGUGUAAGAAGCUGGAGCAGCAGGUCGUUAACAUGGCACGGUGA